AUGUGCUCAGCUUAGGUUGAGAUUGUUUUUUGAAUGAGGCCACACAUGACUUCCGGGAGGGAAUGCAUCUCGGUGCACAUCGGCCAGGCGGGCGUGCAGAUCGGCAACGCCUGCUGGGAGCUGUACUGCCUGGAGCAUGGCAUACAACCUGACGGACAGAUGCCGUCCGACAAGACGAUCGGCGGCGGAGACGACAGCUUCAACACCUUCUUCAGUGAGACGGGGUCCGGCAAGCACGUCCCUCGGGCAGUCUUCGUCGACCUAGAGCCGACCGUAGUCGAUGAGGUGCGGACAGGAACAUAUCGUCAGCUGUUUCACCCCGAGCAGCUGAUCACUGGUAAGGAGGACGCGGCCAACAACUACGCGAGAGGCCAUUACACUAUCGGCAAGGAGAUCGUGGACAUCGUCCUGGACCGCAUCCGCAAGUUGUCGGACCAAUGCACGGGCCUACAGGGGUUCCUCGUGUUCCACUCCUUCGGAGGUGGGACUGGCUCUGGCUUCACAUCCCUGCUGAUGGAGCGACUUUCCGUCGACUACGGCAAGAAGAGCAAACUAGAGUUCUCAAUCUACCCGGCCCCUCAGGUUUCCACUGCAGUGGUGGAACCCUACAACUCCAUCCUGACCACUCACACCACCUUGGAACACUCGGACUGCGCCUUCAUGGUAGACAACGAAGCCAUCUACGACAUCUGCAGACGUAACCUGGACAUUGAGCGACCCACCUACACCAACCUCAACCGUCUCAUAGGGCAGAUAGUCUCAUCCAUUACAGCGUCUCUGCGCUUCGACGGCGCUCUCAAUGUUGAUCUCACAGAGUUCCAGACCAACCUGGUCCCCUACCCCCGCAUUCACUUCCCCCUGGCCACCUAUGCACCCGUCAUUUCUGCAGAGAAGGCCUACCACGAACAGAUGACUGUCGCCGAGAUCACUAAUGCCUGCUUCGAGCCUGCUAAUCAGAUGGUCAAAUGUGACCCGCGUCACGGCAAAUACAUGGCCUGCUGCAUGCUUUACAGGGGUGACGUUGUGCCUAAGGAUGUGAACGCUGCCAUAGCACAGAUCAAGACCAAGAGAUCCAUCCAGUUCGUAGACUGGUGUCCAACAGGUUUCAAGGUAGGUAUCAACUACCAGCCACCCACAGUUGUGCCUGGCGGGGACCUAGCCAAGGUACAGCGAGCCGUCUGUAUGUUGUCCAACACCACCGCUAUAGCCGAGGCCUGGGCUCGCCUGGACCACAAGUUCGACCUGAUGUACGCCAAGCGCGCCUUCGUCCACUGGUACGUCGGCGAGGGGAUGGAGGAGGGAGAGUUCAGUGAAGCCCGCGAGGACUUGGCUGCUCUGGAGAAAGACUACGAGGAGGUCGGCGUGGACUCUACUGAGGGCGAAGUAGAAGAUGGCGACGAAUACUAAACUUCAACGUUCACUUGGAAUAGAAAACUGCAUUAACUAUGGCGAAGUAGAAGAUGGCGACGAAUACUAAACUUCAACGUUCACUUGGAAUAGAAAACUGCAUUAACUAUGGCGAAGUAGAAGAUAGCGACGAAUACUAAACUUCAACGUUCACUGGAAUAGAAAACUGCAUUAACUAUGGCGAAGUAGAAGAUGGCGACGAAUACUAAACUUCAACGUUCACUGGAAUAGAAAACUGCAUUAACUAUAAGUAUUAGCCGAGCUUAAUAAACAAUGACCGUUCAUUUUGGGGACACAAGGACGAUUUAUGUACUAUAUAAUUUAAGAUAACCUUACUUUACGUUUAAGUGAUUGUAAAUAAAAAGAAUGAUCAUGACAAUCUUUAUCCGGUCACUCCCUAGAGUACUUUGGAAACCCUUAAGACUUUAAUAUUUAUAUCGAUUUAAUACGUUUAAAAUAUAUUCUAGGAAAGUCACCUAAAGUAAAUAUUUACUACCUAAUUAAUGUCUAAUUAAACUGUGUACUUUAAUUUGAUGAAGAAUAAUUAAUUCGUAAUUGAAAUAAACGUUGCUAACGUAGAUAAUCAAUAUACAAUACUAGUGUAAAACCAAACAAAACCUUUAAUAUUCCUAUUAAUUAAUUAAAAAUGUGACUUAGACUAGAAUAUAAGUUUUUGUCUGUGAAUGUCUAAUGUUGUAAUAUUGUAAGACAAUUUUUAUAUCAGCAAACACCAAAUGUUACAGAUAGAUUAUAAAACAUGAGUUUUAUGUAGUUGUCGCUUUGUUGUGAUCUAAGUUGUUAUCUAAGUUGUUAUCUCUUAAGGACUAAUUACUUAUUAACUUUCGGUUUCGUUACAACGAAUGUUAUUAUUAGUUAUUUAUUUGCUGCACUGAUAAAGCGUAGUGUGAUAGGGUACUCUACAACAAGCGUGUUCGUCAGCACUAAGAUAUAUGUUGAAGAGCUACUGUUGCCUUAUAAUACUAUACUGCCUUAAUAAAUGUUAAGAAAUACUA